GCUUCGCUUGACCUUGGCUCACCUGUCAUUCCCGUUUCUACUCGUGGGUCGAGACUCGAGGGGAUGGUUGGUGAUUUCGUGUAAACGUUGGCGAACGGGACAAGACGAGGUGCAAAGUACAGACAAAUUGUCAUGCCGCGUUUUUGCGGCGCGAUGAGUAACAGGAAGUUGUGUAACGUUUUGUCGCGAUAGAGACACUCGGUCUCGCGUCUCGUUUUCCGUUGGUUUCCCGUUCGCUCACCCCUUUCGGCUUUAGCGCGCCGGUACUACCAUGGCCUGGCUCGGCACGAUCGCGAACAACGUGUUACGGAACAUCGUCUUCUCGGACGUACCGCCGAACGUGGUCCAGGAGGUACGGCCGGAACAGUACACCAAUCGGCACAUACAUUCUCGCGAGGAUGGUAUCGUUCUGUAUGGGCCAGGUGGUAAGAAUCAGGAAAAGUACGAGAUCGUCCUACACAGACCGUGCACUGAGACCUUGCAUCAGGCAUACAGUCUGUUUCGGUCAGAAACUCUGGAAGGUGCGGAGGCAAGAUUCUCAAUAUAUAAAGACAAAGUUCCUGUUCUUGUACAGAUAGUGCGUGAGAUGUGUAAUAUUGGAAAAAUUCAAAAACUCUGCGACACUUUGACGGAACACCCGACGUGGACUCUAGCGCAUCUAGCGGCCUACUUUGCCCUUCACGACGCGUUCAUGCAUGCGAUUGUCAACAGUCAGCUCAACAGUGGCGAUUCGGAGACCGGCAUCUCGCCUCUGCAAGUCGCCGUGCAAACCAACAAUCUGCGCACCGUCGAGAUGCUGAUAUCGGCGAAGAGCUCGCUGGAGCAUUUGGAUCACAAUGCAAACACCGUUUAUCAUUACGCAGCUACGUCUACUAAGGAGAUUAUUCUUGCCCUGGGCUCGGGUCUUCCAAAUAGUUUGAACAGCCGUAACAGCAACGGUCACACCCCGAUGCACGUUGCAUGCCUGAACGACAAACCCGAGUGCGUGAAAGCGCUCCUGCUGAUCGGAGCCGACGUGAACAUAUCCGCUUCUGAGGGCCAGCCCUCCAGUCCCGGCUACGUCGGCGAUUUCCUGCACAACAAACCAAACGUGCUCCACGCGGAAGACAUGAAGUUCGGCGGCACGCCGUUGCACUGGUCGCGCAGUCGCGAGGUGAUCACGGCGUUGAUCGACACCAACUGUGAUAUCGACGCGCUCAACUUCGAUGGCCGCACCGCGCUACACGUGAUGGUGAUGCGCAAACGGCUGCCUUGCGUGGUCGCCCUACUGAGCCAUAUGGCGUCCGUCAACAUCGUCGACAACGAAGGCAAUACACCGCUGCAUCUCGCGGUCAAGGCGGAGACGUCGGCCAUUGUACAGGCGCUUAUCGGCUUCGGCGCCGACAUUGACGCGCGGAAUUGGAAAGCGGAAACGCCCAGGCAUAAAGCGAACGUCGACACCACCGAAGGUAACAAGAUAAUCUAUAUACUGCAUGCGGUAGGCGCGCAGAGAUGCCCAUCAGAUAUGGAGGGUUGUCAUCUCGGCUGCAAGUACGGCGAGAACUACACCGGUAUCGCGCCAUCGCAACCACCGCACUACGUACCGCGUACGAUUCUCGACCAAAUGCUUCAUGUGUCUGGCAUGGAGAAGAUGGCCGAGCAUGGAAACCGUAGACGUAUCAAGGGCGGUAGGCUGCUUUGUCUCGACGGUGGCGGUAUUCGGGGAUUGGUGCUUAUACAGACGCUGCUGGAGAUCGAAUCGGUGCUGCUCAAACCGGUGGUGCACUGCUUCGAUUGGAUCGCCGGCACGUCCACCGGCGGUAUCUUGGCGCUCGGCCUCGCUGCCGGUAAGUCCCUGCGGGAAUGUCAGGCGCUCUACUUUCGUAUCAAGGAGAACGCCUUCGUGGGCUCGCGGCCCUACAACAGCGAGGGUCUGGAAAAAGUGUUGAAGGAGUGCCUUGGCGCUCAAACCGUCAUGUCGAACAUCCAGAAACCAAAGAUAAUGAUCACGGGUGUGCUCGCCGAUCGCAAACCCGUGGAUCUUCAUUUAUUUCGCAACUACGAGUCACCUAGCGUGAUCUUGAAGGUGCCGGAGAACCCAAUGUUCAAGCCAACAUUGUCGACGCAGGAGCAAUUGCUUUGGAAAGCGGCGAGGGCCACCGGCGCGGCGCCCUCGUACUUCCGGGCGUUCGGCCGUUUCCUGGACGGCGGUCUGAUUGCUAAUAAUCCCACCUUGGACGCCAUGACAGAGAUCCACGAGUAUAACCUGGCGCUGAAAGCUACCGAUCGCGAGAAAGAGGUGAUACCGCUGUCGCUGGUGGUCUCCCUUGGCACCGGACUCAUACCGACCACAUUAACCGUGAAUGAGAUCGAUGUUUUCCGGCCGGACAGCCUCUGGGACACCGCCAAGCUUGCAUUCGGUAUCUCUGCGCUCGGCACGUUGCUAGUCGAUCAGGCAACAGCCAGCGACGGUCGCGUGGUCGAUCGCGCUCGCACCUGGUGCUCGAUGAUUGGCGUGCCAUACUACAGAUUCAAUCCACAAUUAUCAUCGGAAGUCGCCAUGGACGAGAAGAGCGACGAGGUACUGGUGAACAUGAUUUGGUCCGCGAAGGCGUUCAUGUACGCGAAUCGAGAUGUGGUACAGGAACUGGCAACUAUCAUUGGACGUGACUCUAGUUUAGAAAAGGACUAAGGAAAAAGAUUAAGUGGCUAUCGUCGAAUAAAAGAGUAUUCGGUUGCGGAAUCACGUCACGCGCACAUUCCCAUCACACUCACGCAUAAUUAUAUCGACGAUUUACCGCUGGCUCGGUCAAUGAAUAAUUAGCUUAGCAAUUAUCUCGUUUACGUAGCGUGUAUUAUAGUUACUUCUUUGUCGCUACUUGCCAUCAGUGUUUCGACAAAAUGUGAUAUCAGAUUGCCUUUUUUUCGUCUCGCUUACGUCACAGAUAACGUAAUAAUGUGAGACGAUUGCGUAUAUGCGAGCACAUAUUCUUUUUUUUCACGAUUCUAACUCGGCUAUUAAUUAAAUUCACCUCCUAGUCACUGAAGGUCUCUUGUGGUGAUGCACACAAGUUAUAGUAUACAUAUCACUAUUUAUAUAAUUUACAAGUCUUCUCGUAAGUUUUCUUAAAUGUUUAUUUAAAAUAUUAUCUGUCGACUUUUUUUGCAAAUAGCCUUGAACAACUAAAACUCAUCCGAACCAUAAUAACUCAAGAAUACUUAGAUAAUAGAACUGUUUUAUUUAUAUGUAUUGUGUCACGGAGUUUACAGAGAAGAAUAAAUUAAAAAAAGAAAGUUA